UGUCCAGAUUCCCGGUAAACAUUUCGUCUUCAAUUUGUAAAGAAAUUUCAACGACGAAGGAAGCUUCAACCUAUAUUGAAAUUUCAACAUUACGUCCAGUAAACGAUGCUUUCCAGUUUUUUUCUAUAUAAAUCUUUGAACUAUGCAAUAAUAAUUCACCAAAUCAAACAAACAAACCAAAAAAUGGCUAAUCACCCAGUUUUCUUCCUCGUUUACCUGCUCGCAUUAGCUACAUCCCUUCACAGCUCCACCGCGGUAGAUUACACCGUCACAAAUGAGGUCCCAACGACUCCCGGAGGCACCGUAUUCGACAAAGAGCUCGGCGUCGAGUACACACGGCAACAAAUGGAAUCAGCCUCCCAGUUCAUCUGGAACCUUUUCCGGCAACCCGAUCCGGCUUCGAGAAAGAACGUACAAAGCGUAAGCCUCUUCAUCGUCGACAACCUAGACGAGAGAUUCGUCGCGCUUGCAAGCAACAAUAACAUCAACGUGAGCGAUAAAUCGAUCCAAGGUUUAACCGGCGAUGAGCUGAAACGGAGCUUCAACGGGGUGCUUUACCAUGAGAUGACUCACAUAUGGCAGUGGAAUGGGAACGGGCAAAUCGGCGAUGGGCAUCUCGGGGGUUUGACGGAAGGGAUCGCGGAUUUCGUACGGCUGAAAGCGGAUUACGUUCCCGGAGGGUGGCCUCGACCGGGGGACGGCGAGCAUUGGUACGACGGGUACGCCGUGACGGCGUAUUUCUUGGAUUAUUGUGAGGGUUUGAAAUCUGGGUUCGUGGCGGAGCUUAAUGCGAAGCUCAAAGAUGGUUAUAGCCCUGAUUUCUUUUUUCAGAUUCUGGGCAAAACUGUUGAUCAGUUGUGGACUGAUUACAAGAACAUACCAAGAAAUUAGAUAUAUAUACACACAUAUAUUAUUAAGCAUAUGGAUAAGAUAUAUACACACAUAUAUUAUUAAGUAUACGAAUAAGCUUAGGUUCUAUUUUGUACUAGAAUUCUCAAAUUAGUCUUAGCAGGAUUUGAGUAUGUUUAUGGAUCAUCACUCCAUUAACAAAGUUACAAUCUAAUUCAACUCUCGUGUUUGUUCGGGUGCAUGGUCUUGUUUAUUCCCAGAGUUCAUCCGGUUCGAGCCUUCGAAAGUAAGUAUUGGGUUAAAUAUAAUAUAGAUAUAUAAUUGAUAGUGGGUUACGAGAUAAA